GAAGAAUCAGUAAGACCUGUGCACUGCAUGAUAUAGGUUCUGUUUUUGCGUGCGUUAGCGAACCGAACAAACAAAAUCAUUUGAGAAUAACGUAGCAUAUUCCAAUGCAUUCGUUUUCUUUUAUCAACAAAAAGCAACAGAAAAUAAUUGGCAAUUCAAAACGUUUGUAACUACGAAACAAAAGCAUACCGACGAAGAAGAUUUCAUUGAGAAAAUUUCAAAACAAAUGAAUUACACAUUUUGAUCGACUUACGAAAGUGAUCGAGUAGUACGAGAGAUUUUUUGGAGGCAAAAUACAUGGAGCAUGUGUUUGAACUGUACAAGUUAAAUUCGAUUGAAAUAAUGUGAAAAUUGAACUAAGAUAUAUUUUUGGACAGCAGAAACAAAUCAAGAAAUAAAAUUGACUUUUGUAUAAUGUUCGAUCAUCUAAAACAAGACAGUGAAGCAUUGACAGUUGACUGAAGAGUUGAGUUUGAAACAAAGUGUGGAAAGUUCGAGUGAGAUAUAAACAAUGAAAAAUGUGAAUUGACAGUAAAAGAAAAAGAAACAAAACCAACACUGAAUAUUGAUUGAGAGGAAAUGUUCAGUUGAAAGCAGAGAAAUUUUUAAAGAACUUGAACAAUCGUGACUUGUGUGGGGUUGAUGGUGUCAAACCCCCCGAAAAUAAGAUAGAAGAGACAAAGUAUAUAGGUGUUGUUAUAACACAAAGGUUUCAUACUGAUGAUAUAUUAAGCCAGUGCACAGAGAUUCAUGUGUUUUAAAUAAACUGUACCAAAUAACACACAUUUCAAAAUUUACAGUGAAAAUAAAGUUUGAAAAAAGCGCUACCAAUUAAGCCGAAAUCAUUGAAAUUUUUCUAAAAUAAAAGAUUUUACAUAAAAAAGGAUACCACAAAUAGUGCACCGAAAACGAAAAAUAAUUAAGCAAUUCGCGAUCUUAUUUUCGUUUCGAACACACAAUUUUUCCGUUUUUUUCGGUUAAAUAAACGAUGCUAACAUUAAUUGAACAUCUGGAUGGAAACAGUUGCUCAUCAUUCAAUGAUUGAAUCGAAAGCUGACAUGAUGGGAUUACAGGCGACAUCAACGAAACGUAAAUACGACCAAACCGGCCUAGACGGUGGCGAUGAUCACCAGAAGACGGAAAAUGCAUGCAACGAAAAUGGUGCAGCAGAAGCAAUACAAUCAACAAACACAACAACAACAUCAACGGCACAAUGUACACCGGCCAAGACAAGUCGAUGGUCAACAAUGCAAUUGGAUUCGACGCAUGUGUCGUCGACGUGCGCAUCAUCGGCACAAAGUACAACAACAACAACAGCGACAUCAAAUUCAGCCAUUCCAAGUGCUGAAGAGAGCAUAGCAAAAUUAGAAGCGGUCGCAAUGGCAUUGCCAUCAAUGGUGAUGCCGCUAAACAGUAAUAUAAAUGGUAAUGUUGUUGACGGCAAUGGCGUCGAUGGAAAUUCCAUUUGGCGUGAUUCGGAUAGUACACGAUCAACAUUGGCCACAACACUAUUGAGUGCCGAUUUAGAAGACGACGAUGAUUUUGAAGAGGAUGAAUUUGAUGAAGAUGACAGUAUUAUACCAUGUUAUUCACCGUUGAGAUAUCCAUGCACAACGAAUAUGUCCGCACGUAAUGGUUAUAUGUCAGGCGGUGGUGGCUAUCCACCGAAGCCAAGCUACUAUUCAGAACCAUAUCCACAACAAAAUUGCUCACGAACACCGUACAAUGGUUCGUCACAAUAUGGAAAUCGAUCGAUUUCAAUGAGCCCACCACAUCAUCCGGCGUACGGUGGAUGGUCACAACAUAAUCCACAUCAUCCGAAUUACUAUGGACCAUCACCGAUCGAUGUGGGCAACGAACAACAAACAAUACGAUGCGCUGAAAAUGGUAAAUCGUAUCUGGAAUUAGGCAGCAGCAAUUAUAUGAACGGCGAUAGUAGGCAUUUGAAACGAUGCUGUGACGGACGCAAUGGAAUGUGGUGCAAUAAUAAUAAGCAAUGUUACAGAGAACGAAGACUUAAAAUGCGCCAUUUCUCCAUGUUAAAAUUAUCAAGGUUUCGACAAUUAUCAGAACAAUCGCUGUAUCGAUCGGUAUUAAUAUGCAAUACACUUAAGUAUAUCGAUCGUGAAAUUGAACAAGAGAACAAAGAUUCGGCCACACAACAGGCCGAAUUCCAUGCACAACAUCAUUAUACUCAAUUGCGACUGGCCAAUAAUAACAAUAAUAAUAAUAAUUCAUGUGGCGAUAUGUUACAGCAAAUGCAACAACAGCAACAGCAACAACAACAGCAGCAACAACAUCAUUCACAACAACCGCCACAGCCUCCAAUGUCACCAGCCAUUAGCAAUCGCAAUCCAACUUGGACCAAUUCCGUUGACACAAGCAAUUCGGCCAAUGUGCAACAACCACCGCCGCCACAACAACAGCAGCAGCAGCAGCCACCGCCGCAACAGCAACAAUCAAAUAUGAAUGUAUUACAACGGUCGCCACAGCCACAACAACAACAACAAUCGCUAACACCGCCAUCUCAACAAACGCAACAUAUACCGCAACAAACUCCGUAUUCAACCACAAGUGAUAUCAAUAGCAAUAAUUAUCUACAGCCAUACAAUCGAACACCAACACCGAUCGUUACAAUCAUGUCAUUUAAUGAAACCCUUCCGCCAUACGAUCAUCAUCCGUUGCGCGAUUGCAACGGUCGUGCAACACCAUUUCCCGGCACUAGUUUACCCGACACCGAUUCUGGCUACGGUGACGAAGAAAAACCAAUCAAUUGGAGCAAUGUGCUUAGCUUAUCAUCACAAUCGGCACUAGAUCCAUUGAUUAACACAAAUACCGAUACAAAUACAAGUACAAAUGCUGAAUCCACGACCACAAUUACUUCGUUGACGUCUUCAUCGAAUUUAUCUUCCCAACAGCAACAGCAACAACAAUCACCGUCUUCGGUUGUCACAACAACAACAACACAAUUCACCAGCCUAACACCAAUCACACCAUCACUAACCAAUAUUACGACGCCAUCGCAACCAUCAUGGGAAUACAAUUUCGAUAUGGAUCUCGGCCUCGGUGCUGAACUCACCGAAUUACUACCGAUGGAACCCACGAAAAUCGAAAACGAAAUGGAUUCAUUGACAGCGCUGAUGGUUGGCGGUAGCUAGUAAUUAAUAUAAAUAAAGAACAACAACAACAACAACGUUGCGGAACAGUUCGAUUCGAAUUCAAGUGGAUUGAAUUCGAAUCUCUCAUGGUUCAAACGUGCUUCUAAAGCAACGUUUUUCUACCCCAAAAUGGUUUCGUCAAUGACAUUGGCGACCGUUCGCCGUAUGCUUGAUUCGAGCGCCACGAUACACCAUCGUUUCACCAGUGCCCAAACAAGCAAUUCUCAUGAUCUCUCUAUAUUCAAAAGCAAAGAAACAAAGUAUUAUUUAAAGAAGAAGAAAAAAUCAAAGAUCAAAGCUUACAAACAGAAUCAAACGAACGGGCACGACCGAUGAUCAUUGACAAAUCCUCAGGUUGUGAUGGCUGUGCUACGAGUGUCUAUUCAAAAGAAACUUUUUUUUUUGCAAAUUCUUCUGAACAAAAAACGGAAGAAACGUCGACAAAAAAAAUUAAAUGAAUGAGAGAAAUUAAAAAGAAGAAGAAAACACUUUUAGUUGUUAUUCUAUUAUAGAUAAAUGAUAAACGCACAUUUUUUCUUCAAACGAGAUUUCAAAUUUCAAUUGAAGACUCAAGUCUCUCCUUCUCACCGUAGAAUGAAACAUAAAAAGUAUCUCGUUUCGAAUUUCACAUAUUAUAUAACCACGGAUAAUUUGUUAUUAUUGUUUGAUGCGCAAAAAAAUUCCUUUGUUAUCGCAAAGCAACCAACAAAAAAUGAUCUUGUUAUAUUUUUUGUUUCUCUCGCAUUGAAUUUUGUUUAUUUUUUUUAAAUUGAUUUUCCAUUUAAUUUGUUAAACGUUGCAACAUAAAUCAACACGGAAUUUAGUAAAAUCAGUUCUCGAGAGCGGGUCAGAAUGGACAAUUUAAAAUUCACUGCUGAUUUAUGUUCUCUUUUGUUUUAAAUUGAAAACGUUUAAAGAUUCGUCGAAUUUUGACGAAAUUUUCCUAUAGUUAACUAAAAUGGCUAAACAAAUGCACAAACAUCACCCAAAUAUCCAAAUACAGCUGCUACUUCCCAUUUGUUUCGUAGAGAAAUGGUCGAAAGAAGUCUGUGAUGAUCAUGAUUUUUUAUGCACAAAAAUCUGUACUCCAUGUAGAAAAGUGAAUUAUUUGAAAUAAGGACUAAAUCAUCACAUAUUACGACUAUUUCUCUUCCAAACAUUUAUUGAUUGAUUUGGAAUGAAUAAAAAAAAACCGGCAAAAAUCCAUUUGGUUUGUGCAUAUGUUUGCGAGACACGAAUUUAUUUGCUUUAAUUUUUUUAUAGAAAUUUUUGUUUCUAUAUCAUUUUCGUACGUUGAAUGUGAGACGAGAGAGAUAGAUUGAGCGCGAAAUGGGAGAGAUAAGAAGUGUGUCAGAGACACGCUCACUUUUUACUAUGUGCCGCAUUAUUCUUAGUAUAAUAACUUGAACAAUCGACAUACAAAAUGAGAAGAAACACAAAACAAACACGUAAAUUUAAAACACAAAAUGAAAACGAAAAAAAUGAAAAAAUCCACAAUUAAUUUAUUGCUAGUAUGUUAAUUGACGCAUCCAGAAAAUAUUAAGCAAAUAAAGAGAAAAUGGAGAAAAACACACACACCUAUGAAUUAAAGAAAUUAUUAUUAUUAUUAUAAUUAUUGAAAAUAAAAAAAUAUUUUAUUUACAUUUUACUUCUAAUACUUAAUCAAUGUGCAUCAGCUACUCAUAAAUUAUGUAACUUUUACGAUUAAAUUUAGACGUAUAUUUCUGUACAUAGUAUUUCAUAUAUUAUAUAUAUUUGAGGCAGUUUUGCAUUGUAAAUUUGAAUCGGCGCUGAGUCAAUAGACAGACAAAAAUGCAACUCAAACAUACACAAAUCCAGCAAUUUUUCAUCUAUAGCAUAAUAUUACAACAAAAAGAAACAUUUUAGCAGAAAAAAUCGCGGUGAUAGAGUUUAAUCAUCGCGUUUCUUUCUCUUCUUUUUUCUAAAUAGCUCGAAUUUUAGACAAAAUGCAACAUACAAAGGAUUUAAAAUAAUAAUAAUGAAAAAAGAAACAUAAUGAAACCCCUUCUACUACCAAAUGGUCACUAAACAUCUUUCGCAUUGACAAACAAAUUUCAAAAUAGUAAAAAAAUAAUUUAAACAAAUAUUUUUUAUCGAAAACAAAAAAUAAGCAAAUCCAAAAAUAAAACGACGAACAAAUUACAUUUAUAUAUUUACAAAUUUGAACUAAAUUUAGAUGAAAACAACAACAACAAAACUAUGUGUAUCUGAAAAAUCAUUAAAGUAAAACAAAAAAAAAACUAGAUUUGUAUAUAAACUGAGAAAAAGAACCAUAUUAUUCAUUCGCAAAACAAUUUACAGAAUGAAAGAACAACAAAA